AUGACUUCGAGUAUAAUUGGUGAGCUAAUUUCAAAUGAGGUUCGUAAUAAGGCUUUGACAUUAGUUAGUGAGGUGGUUUAUGAUUUCAAGGAUUAUUAUGGAAUAGAAGUUUCUUAUCAGCGAGCUUGGAUGGGUGUUGAAAAAGCAAGGGGUGUUGUUUUUGGUGACUAUUCAUCAUCAUUUGACGAUCUUCGUUGGUAUGUUGAUGCCGCUAAUAAUGCUAAUCCGGGGAGUGUUUUUGAUAUGGAAUUUGAUGUUGGUAGUAAAGGAAGAUAUUUCAAAUGCUUGUUUUUCGCUUUUGAGGCAUGUAUUUAUAGUUUCAAGUAUUGUCAGCCUAUGUUGAUGCUUGAUUUAACUUUCUUGAAAGGAAGACACAAAAGUUGUCUAUUGGCUACUACGGCAAAAAACGGAGCGGGACAAAGGUUUGCUCAAGAAGUUGUUGAAUUUCGAGAUGCGUUGUCAAAGUAUUCUAUUCAUUCCGGUUUUGAUUUUGAUUUUGUUAAGAAUGAUAAGGAUCGUGCCACUGUUCAUUUUAAACAUGUUAAGAGGACUUCGAGUAUAAUUGGUGAGCUAAUUUCAAAUGAGGUUCGUAAUAAGGCUUUGACAUCAGUUAGUGAGGUGGUUUAUGAUUUCAAGGAUUAUUAUGGAAUAGAAGUUUCUUAUCAACGAGCUUGGAUGGGUGUUGAAAAAGCAAGGGGUGUUGCUUUUGGUGACUAUUCAUCAUCAUUUGACGAUCUUCGUUGGUAUGUUGAUGCCGCUAAUAAUGCUAAUCCGAGGAGUGUUUUUGAUAUGGAAUUUGAUGUUGGUAGUAAAGGAAGACAUUUCAAAUGCUUGUUUUUCGCUUUUGAGGCAUGUAUUCAUAGUUUCAAUGAUAAUUUUAUCAUUUUUGUUACUGGAGAGUGUGGAUUAUUGAGUAUGGUCAAUCUAUUAGUGAUACAUUUAUCAUUGGUUAGGGAUGAGUGCCAUUUGUUUUCAAUUAGUCUUAUUGAUGCUAUACGAGUGAAACUAAUGGAGCAAUUUUCAAAAAGGAGAGAAGUUGGGAAUAAGUGGAAUCGUACUGUUUGUCCUUUUGUAGAGAAAAAAUUGGAAGAAGAUUUUAAUGAUACAAAGGCAUGGAUAGUUAAGAAAUGUAACGAUGACAUUUAUGAAAUCCAAUUAGAUCAUUCAGUUAUGGUUGAUAUUGGGAAACGUUCUUAUUAUUGUUGA